AUGCUCUUCGGUCUACCACUCGACGGUGCCCCUGUUGGCCCUGUUGUCGUGUCGGUGGACUGGGAGGAGCAGCUCUUGCACCGUUUCGAGGGUGUCUUGCAGCCGACUGACGGAGAGGUUGAGCAGUUCGGCUUCCACGACCGCCACGGGCCUCCGAAGGCUUGGUUGUCUCAGUUCCGUGCGGAGAGGCUCACGGAGGACGAGGACGGUUGGAGGGUGAUGCAACACUUGGAGGCGUACCUACUUUGGCUAUUUGGCCAGCGGUUUGAUAUUGGGAGGCCGACGUUAUCGUCGUAUGAUCCUUACAAUGAUGAGAUGUACAUUUUUGACCAGCUUGGUGAGGCCGACGAGCUCGAUGCCCCCACGAUGGGCACACUCUGGUUGUCCCAUGAACCGAGGUGGGCAACAGCCACGGGUAGAGGCACGUACAAUGCACAUUCAAGGAAAAGUCUAGGUGUAGCGUUCGAGCAGUCGUGGGUGGAUAGGAUGGUGCCUUGGGUCAACGACUGGGCACAAGCUGCCACCAACGUGCAUGACCUUGGUGGGCCAUUCGACAAGGCCACAUACCGAGAGUACUUGCAUUGGUUCCAUGGAGCCACACGCGUCCGUUGCUUCCCUGUGCCGGUAGAAGCCGUGCCACACGAAGCCGAGAUCACCGACACGUUCGCCAUGGAGCCACCAGCUGCUUUCCAUGUCCUGACAUAUAUCUACAGUGACAUGGGCAACGAGCUGCUUUCAUAUGCCUAG